GGGCCGCGCGGCUCCGGCCCGUUUCUCACCUCCUGCAUCCUCGGGUUGCGAUUCCUCCCAAUUGGAGCCCUGACGUCGCUGCCAAAUAACGGGGACGGCCUUAGUUGGACUCAUUCCAUCCUUUUCGAACUGAAAUGCGUGGUCGUGGAUAUAUGGAUAUUAGGGACACCGCAGCUGUUCUGGAAUGGAGAUUUCGUCCCACCAGUUUCACCUCCUGCAGCAGCUCAAUGAGCAGCGCAGACAGGACUUGUUCUGCGACUGCAGCAUCCUGGUGGAGGGGAAGGUGUUCAAAGCACACCGAAAUGUGCUGUUUGCCAGCAGCGGGUACUUCAAGAUGCUCCUUUCGCAGAGCUCCAAGGAAAUGACUCAGCCCACGACAGCCACUUUCCAGGCAUUUUCUCCUGACACUUUUACAGUUAUUCUGGAUUUUGUGUAUUCGGGCAAACUGUCUCUCACCGGUCAGAACGUCAUCGAAGUGAUGUCAGCUGCCAGCUACCUUCAGAUGACCGACGUCAUCAGUGUGUGCAAAACGUUCAUUAAGUCGUCGCUGGACAUCAGUGAGAAGGAGAAGGAUCGCUACUUCAGCCUUUCGGACAAGGAGGUGAAUUCCAAUGGCGGGGAGCAGCCGUGCCCGUACGGCGCGGGCUGGAGGGCAGAAAGCCCCUCGCAUUCGCACUCGAAUCCAGAGCAGGGGACGUGCGUGAGGGGAAACACUUGGAGCAAUUUCAACUACUAUCCAGCUCCUCAAAGGAACGCGCAGCAGCAGCCGUCCAAACAUGAGCAAAGGCAGGAUUCCAUAAAGAAAUCCCGGCACCUGGGACUGCAGCAGCCUUCUGACAUUCCUCACUAUAAGUCGAGCAAACUCGAGGACCGGGCUGCUGAGCCUGCCGGCCACAUUUCCCAAUCUGAGGACCAGGUCCAGAUUGAGCCAGAAGUGGAAUCUCCUCACGUGGGGUAUCCGUACAGCCAGGGCUCUGACGUGCUCUCCAGGAGUUUGGCCGUGCCGCAGCAGGAGCGCGACUCGCCCCGACCUUCCAGCAAAUCCAGGUCUCCCAAAGCAGACGAGCAGUACCCCGGCAUGCCCUCCAUUGUGGGUGUGAUGGGCGGCUGGGCUGAAGAUGAUCUGCCCAGGAUGAGGUUCAAGUGCCCGUUCUGCACUCACAUGGUGAAAAGAAAGGCCGACCUGAAGCGUCACCUGCGGUGCCACACAGGAGAGCGGCCGUACCCCUGCGAGGCGUGUGGGAAGCGGUUCAGCAGGCUGGAUCACCUCAGCAGCCACUUCCGCACAAUUCAUCAGGCUUGUAAGCUCAUCUGCAGGAAGUGUAAACGCCACGUGACGGAGCUGACGGGGCAGGUGGUGCAGGAGGGGACGAGGCGCUACAGGCUCUGCAAUGAGUGCCUGGCUGAGGCCGGCAUCGACAGCAUUCGCAUUGACUUGGAGGCUGAAGCACCCCUUGAAUUUCCUCCAGAUGGGGACAAGGAUUCCAGGUGGCACUACGGGGAAGACAACAAAUCUGAUGUGGAGAUCGUGGAGGAUGGGUCAUCCGAUCUGGUCAUCCAGCAGGUUGAUGACAGUGAGGAUGAAGCAGAGGAGAAGGAAGUAAAACCAAAUAUUAGGUCCAGAUUUGCAUGUGUUCAUGGACAUGUCAUUGAGUCCAUCCUGAGUUUCGCUAUCAACAUUCCCAUACUUUGCUUCAUUAGAAAUAAUCCACUCCUGAGUGGAGUAACGGCUGAACACAGAAGCUGAAGUACUACAAGAUAAGUUUUACAGCAGACAGUGAGUCUCUUCUCAAAACCUCUUUCGAAGAGGUAAGGUCUGAUACUCAAAAAAGUUGCACACCGAUGUAAAUUACUCUUCAGCAUUCAGAAAUAAAGAUAAUUUUCCAUGAAAUUUCA